UAUGCUCAGGAUUGCCAUUUCCCUCGCUCUUUUAGUUUUUCAGCAUGGAAAUUGUUCAGGUUUUUCCAUUAUUUUUCCCAUUUUCCCCUCUCACCAUACGCAGAGUGUGGAGUUUCAUUAACGUGCAUUGUACGCCUGAGUGAAUUUUCCAUUUUAUUUACAUAUCAAGCGUUGGUCAGCAAAUGGGGUCUCGUUUUUUUUUUUUUUUUUUCCACCAGUUCAGACAGUUUUUCAGUUUUUUAUUGUCAUGACAACCACUCGAAUGAGAGUUGAGUGGAGAAUGGCUGGGUAAACGAUUCUCCAGCAUAAUUAAUUCUUAAAUAUUUUCUUAAUUUCAUCAUUAAAUGAAUUUCAAAUUAAAUAAACAAAUGAAAUGAAAACAAAAACAACAAAAAUGAAACAACAAAAGUGCAAACUGUGAAAAUGCCAACGAAGCUGCGGAAAAUAGUGCAAGAAGUUGCAUUUUAAACAAUAUAUAAAAAAAAAAUAGAAGAAGAACGAAACAGUCAACGAACUUGUCAUCCAGCAGGGUGAAAGAGACGGCCGAAGCCACAGAGAGGGAGACAGGGUCUGUUCUCCGCCUCUGAAAAUUUGCAUAGGGAAACACGACACAACCAGCAGCAGCAGCAGCAGCAACAGCGGCAGCAGCAGCAACAUCCAAGAUGUCACACGAAACAGCAGCAGUGUCAGUAACAGGAGUUCCAGGAUCAAUGUCCUGUGCCGAGAAUGCCUCGAAAGUGGAGGUCAUUGUGUAUACCACCAAAUCGGAUAAGACUCUUAAACAGAAUAUGAAUGCCAAGGAUGAUACGUUGAGGAAGCGUACUUCCUUGAUCAUAGUGCCACAGCAGGUGCACGACAUCGAGGUGGAUGAGAAGGAGACCAAAAUGGAUCAGACCAAGGCCAGAGAGAAUUCGAAUCGAAAUUCUACGGCCAGCAUGGAUAGCUGUGUCUCCGAUACGACCAGCCAGAGUAAUCAGUCGAGCAGCCCCUCCACUAGCAGCGGCAGUAGCAGUGGCUCUGAGGAUGCCCAUGCUGCCUAUCAGGAUCUACAGAAUGGCAAUGCUGUCCAAGAUCAUCUACAUUCAGCAUCGCCAGUGCCACGUUGUCAUUCAGCCAGCUCAUCAUCAUCAACAUCAUCAUCAUCCACCGCCUCGGAGUCCACUUCGUGCUCCAGUUCAGCGGAUUAUUCACUGCGCGAGCAGCUCAAGAACUUUGCCAAUCGAAAUGCCGAGGAACAGUUGAGAUCCUCGGCGGGAGGUGGUGGUGGUCUGGUAGAGCCAUCUGCUCGCCUGAUCAAGGGCAUGAGUCUACCGAUCCAGGGUGAUCAUCAGCAGUCCUCGGUGUCGACGGCUCUCUGUGAUUCCCUGCUAAGUCCCCAGGAGGUUCCCCUGGGAAGACGUUACGCCGAGGUGGCACAGUUUAAAGGUCAUCCCAAGGCAAGACAAAGUGAACCUCUACCCUCUGCCGUAGCCACUUCCUCAUCCUUGGAGGCCUCCUCCUUGGAUGCUGGCACCACCACCACCACCAACACUACCACCACCAAUAACAACAACAACAUCAACAACAAUCACAAUGGCCAACAGUCACAAAAAUCUCAGCAACAGGCUGCCAGUCUCAGUGCCAUCAGCAGCAAACUGAAUGUCCUGGCCCAGUCAAAUCUCAACAACAAUAACAACAACAACAACAAUACGACUUCCACAACCUCAAUGACAUCUGCCACAAAUCGAACUGAUCCGAAUCAGAAUCAAAAUCAGAAUAUAGAUAGUCGUAGGAGCAGCAGUCUAGAUCCAGAUGGAGAUGUGGAUGAUGUGGUGGAUGCAGCCCAUGGCGGCGCCUUCGAAGAUGACAUGCAGGCCCUGCUGCCCAAGUGCUCACGACGCUCCCGGGAUGAGCUAAGUCAGUCACGCACAUCUCUGGUUUCCAGCUCAGAGGGCGGCAUCUUGGCCGAGGGCGAAACAUCCAGCGAGGAUGACGAAGAAGUGGAGGAGCACGUUGAAGCCGAGGACGAGGGCGAGGAGAGCAGUCGCGAUUCCAGCGACAAUUCACCGCCCUGCGAUCUGGGUCUGAUGGAACGACUGCUGGUCACCCAUCCAAUGUGGUUCCUGCCUGGUAUCCAACGUUCCGGUGCCGUACAUCUGCUCCAGGGCAAGGAGGAAGGGACCUUCAUCGUACGUGGUUCCAGUCAGCCAAAUACGAUGGCAGUUUCGGUAAGAUUGCCCCAGGACACGGGACCCUAUAUCGAGCACUAUCUCAUCCAGUCGCACGAUAAUGUUUUGAGUUUGGAAAGCUCGCGUUUCACCUUCGGUUCGAUACCCUCGCUGAUAGCCCACUAUGCCCAAUGUUGCGAUGAGUUGCCGGUGCAGUUGAUGUUGCCACGAGUUUUGCGCGAGGCUAACAACCGAAAGAAGCUGAGCUCUUUGGCCCUGCUGGGUCAGGAGUUCUGGAGUUAUGCCAGCAGUCCGGCUCUCUUAGGUCCACCCACACCAACAGUGGCACCUUCGAAAGAUCAGCAUCUGCUGGAUGCGAAAUCACCACUCUCGUUGACAGAGACGAGUGGCCUGGGAACGGCCACGUUUUUCAGCGAUGCACUGGCCAAGCCACCGCCCACAGGAGCACCACCCAUCCCGGGCAGUAGUUUGUUUAGUCCCACAGGAAGUGGGCAGUUGCUGGGCUUUUUCAGUCAGGCGGGAACUCCAUCUGAUACCACAAACUCCAGCCUGAGCUCUUUCACCACCAGUGGAGGUCAACACCUGCAGCUACUAAGUCCGAAUUCGGUGGAUUCAGUGAUUCUUACCAUGUCACCGGUGGACAAUUCGGGACAUUACUUACCCGGCUCGGCUGGUGGUCCCUUGGCACCCAUUUGCCCUUCGCUUGUGGACCAACAGCUGAGCACGUUCAAGGUUGCCCAAACUGCGCCCGAAAUGGAUCAGGUACGUCCACAGCGACCCAAGCCACCGAAUACACUGAAUCUCAAGCCACCGGCACCACCGUUGCGCUGGUCAAAGCCACAUUCACCGGAUCAGAAUGGAAGUGGCAAUGGAAACUUUACGGUUACCACAACGGUUACCUUUUCCAUGGAGAACGGGGGAGCCAAUGGUGGACCAACUGCAGCGAAUGGUAAUGGAAAGUUCGUAGAGGUUACCACACCGGCGGCUAGCAAUCCCUUCAAUGCCCUGCUCAAUGGCCAGGCCAGCACUUUUCAGACAUUCGCCAAGCGACUGUCACCGGAGGGCGAGUGCAAGGAUACGCUGUCCUCGCAGGGAUCCUCAUCCAAUGAUGGCCGUUGGCCACCGACGGCUCGUAAGCUGCUCACCUCUCCAAUGACACCGCUAACGCCCAGCGGCGGCAGCAGCAGCAGUGGCGGCAAGUCUAGGAAAUCCCGAGCUGGCAAGGAGUCACAGCACUACAAGGAAUCGGACAUCCUUGAGAGCCCGCCACUGCAGUAUUGCGCCAGUGCGUUGAGCGACAAGAUCAGUGACUACGAGGAUGUCUGGUCACAUGAUCCCAGCGAUAGGGCCAGCCUGCUGACCAGUUUCCGCCCGGCACUAGACACGGUGGGUGGUGUGAUGAACCGAAGGCCGGAUCUGCUAGCUGAGACACCGAGCACUCCCACGCCGACGCAGCAGUCACACCUAGCGCCCUGCGAAGAGGAAACCACUGCCACGCCUAACGAAUCCUCGAGUCAGUCUUUGCUUCAGUUUUCCGGCGAUGUUCCAGCUCGCUCUCGAGCUGGUCUGCUCCUGCCAAAUCUAUCGGGACAAGCCCCGCCAGCUGCCAUGACCCAAUCGGUAUCGGCAGCCGACGAUGAUGGUGGCGAUACCACGCCCACGGCCGAAGGACAAACCCCUGGUGGUGGUCGCAGCAAGCAGGGCAGUCCCUUUUACGCGGAACCGGCGGAUGCACUGCGUCAGGCAGGCCUGACAAGUGCAGCCACCGCCAUACUGCGACGCCAGCAUCGCAGCCAAGUGCUGCACGCCAGCCAAAGACAUUCGGAACCACUAAAAGCGGGCUUCGGAGGAUCUGGCAACGGGGCCCUGCUGCAGCCCAUCGAGCUGGAGAAGCUGGCCGGCAGCCUGGAUGAACUAAAACCCAAACCGAAGGUUUCCCAGCAGCAACAACAGCAGCAGCAGUCGCAGCAGCAACAACAACAACAACAGCCCACCAAGCGGGCUCGCAAUCGCAUCGAUCACUGGCAACUGGACAGUAGCUGGGAGUUUAUGGCCAAGCAGGAUACGGGUAGCCAUGCUGGCGGGGAUUACGAUACGGCAGUUAUCGAUUGGCAGGAAAAGGAGAAUUCACUGGGCAGGGACAGUCGAGCCGAUGGGCAGGGCAAGAAGCGAGCGUUGACCAUCCAUCAGAUCAUUGCCAAGCGUUUGCCAGACCUCAAUCUGCCGGAACUGGUUCGUUGCUCCACGCCACCACAGACGGCUGCACUGCAGCCGCAUAUCCUGGGACAGGAUAAGGUGGGACUUGGAUGCGAUGGCAGCCAGAAGUCAUUCCAGAGCCAAAACGGCUGCAGGCUCUCCUCCUACGACAACGUCUUCUGCCAGAACUCAUUCGGAGGCAUCGAUUCGGCUCAGUCCGACGAUGGCACCAUUUUCUCGGAACCUUGGGAUUCGUCCCAGUGGGACUCCUUCCUGCCCCAUGAUGAUGCCACCAUCAACUCGGACACCAUUCAUCUGUCCAAGUGCCGACCCGCUCUCUCCGAGGACGACACUAUCAUCGAGGAAUUACAAAGCACCAAAGACGGCAGCAAUGGCAGCUGCAACCAGGACACACUGAAGGCCAAUAGGAAUGGUGCUGGACACCAUAAGCUUAACAACAACGGCAAGGCCAAUCCAAGUCGACCCAAAGUGGCCACAAUUCUGCGGAAUCCCAGCAUGCGGGACCGUGAAGUCUUAUGUCACCCCCGUAACAAGAUGAGCAUCCAGAGCAGCGGCCCCGGCGACUCUUUAAGGGCCUAUACCCUACAAUUGGCCCAGGAUCCCAGCUCCACAUUUGCCCGCAACAUCGAAAACUUCAUCUGCUGCACCAAGGAAUCCCGAGAAGCGGCGCCCCAGGUGGUGAUGCGCAAUAUGCGGCAGUUUAUGAGCGGCAUGAAGAACUACCUGGUAAAGCAUGGCGAGGGCAAGUUCCAUGCCGAACUGGAAACGGCGAGGGCGCGACUAAAAUCCGAUGAGUUUCUCAAUUUGGACGCCAUGCUGGAGACGGUGAUGCAUCAGUUGGUGGUCCUACCACUCCGAGAGCAUCUCUAUGGCAUUUUUGUGGAUCACUAUCAGCGAAGCGAGGAUAUCCAGUUGCUGGCUCAGAAUGUUCGCUAUGCCUGCGAACGGGAAGCUGCCGACUUUGGCAUUCGUCCAACGGUUACGCCGCCUUCACAGGGCGCCCUGCGACUUAUCGCCAAUCUGCUGUGCCGCCUCCAGGAGGCUGAGUUGCCUCUGGAUAAGCUCGAGCUCUUCCUGUGCGUCAUCUCAACGGUAUUCGAUGCCACCGGCUGUCCACGUGGCCAGCAACUGGGCGCCGAUGACUUCCUGCCCGUGCUCGUCUAUGUGGUGGCCAAGUGUGGCUUUGUGGGCGCCGAGAUCGAGGCGGAGUUCAUGUGGGGCCUCCUGCAGCCAACGUUGCUAAAUGGAGAGCCGGGCUAUUACCUAACAGCCCUCUGCAGCGCCGUUCAGGUGCUGAAGACCUUCAUGGCCUCCGAGGGGGAGAGCGGCAGCGGAUCUCUGGAUUGGCGUUCCAGCUGCCUGCCCGCCUGUUCCAGUGUGCUGCGCGUGAUCAUACCAGACGAGUGCAAUGGCUCCUUGCAGACCAGGACACUGCCAGUACGGCCGCAUACUACCACGCGUGAGGUGUGUCGCAUCAUUGCCCAUAAGGCGAGAAUUACGAAUCCCCAGGACUAUGCACUCUUCAAGCUGGUGGAUGGCGAGGAGACAUUACUAACAGACGCCGAGUGUCCACAGGAUGCACGACUGGCGGCCAAGGGGAAGCAUUGUAUGUUGGCGUAUAAAAGGAUUGAUGCCAAGAUCGCUUGGCCAACUGCCCAGCUGGCAGGACACUGAUGCAGCUGCAAGGGAUUUAGCCCGACUACGACUACCGCACCAACAGCCCGCCCUGCCCGCCCUGCCCUGCCCUUCUUGCUCACUAACCAAGCAUAUUUGAUUAAUAAUUUAUUAUUAUUACAUUAAAAUAUACUUAGUAGCCUGUAAGUAAAGCUAAUUAAUGCUAAAUUAGAAAGCAUCUAAUGUGUACUAAACAUCAGUAUUGAGUUAAGUGUUUUUUUUUUUCCUGACCCCCAAAACGGGUUCAUGACCCCCCCUCAACAUUUUUUUGCUAAUAAAUGUACUAUGCGGAUAAUA